CAACUUUUGACCGUUUGCUUUCCUAUUUUCACAUCACAACCUAUUUCUUCCGCUCUCUACUCUCUCUCUAACCCUCUGUUUAAGUACAGUCCCGAGUUACCAUUGAAGGUUUAUACCAAAAAAGCUGUAAUUUGUGGUUUUCCCUUUUACCCAUGUUGACGGGUUUUGAUUCUUAGUAUUAACGGGGAGGAUUAAAAUCCUUCGACCCCCCUGAAUCCAACGAUCCUCUAAUCUAUCCGCGAAUUCAAAAAACACUUUCGUGUUCUAACCUUUUGACAAAUGGAAUAUGAGAAUGAGAAUAUCCAGCCCUAUAUCAAAUUUUACAGUUUUGCAAAUGGCUUGAGAAGAAAGAAAAGCACCACCUUUAAAAAUCUAUGUUUAGUUUGAUAUGAUAUCUUUUUUAAAGUUAUUAUUGGGUUUUUUGAGGUGUGAGUUUGGAAUUGCUUCUUGGGUGUAGUUCUUUUUCUUGUUCCCAAUAUGAUCAUGUUCUAACCUUAUGAAUUUGGCUAAAGGCUUUGAAAGAAUUGCAUCAUUCUAGUACAUAAUUGGAAUCCAAGAUCAGAAGUUUCUUUAAUAAUUUAGUAAGAAAGAAGAGGAAUGGGAUGUAAUACAUCCAAGUUAGAUGAUGCAGAGGCUGUUCGAAUCUGUAAAGAGCGAAAAAAGUUCAUCAAACAAGCUCUUGAACACAGAACAAAGUUUGCCUUAGGUCAUAUUGCUUAUCUUCAAUCUUUAAAACGAGUAUCUGCGGCCCUUCAUGAAUACAUCGAAGGUGAUGAGCCUCGUGAGUUCUUGUCUGAUUCAUUUAUUACCCCUCCAUUUACGCCUGUGACGAAAUUGAAGCCAAAGUUCAUCACUGUUUCUCCGAAGUGUAUCUCAUCAUCCGCUAUCCAAUCAAAGGAAAACUUCAAUGUGAAGAUCAACUACUAUAGACCAAGUGGGACUGAAUCAUUUUCCGUUGAGGAGAGACCUCAAUCUGCUGAUACUUAUCGUGUCCAAUCCUAUUCGCCAACGCACCAAUAUGGAUUCGAUGGUUUCUUCGAAAUGCAGUCCCCACGAACCAACUCUCCUUAUGGCUCAAAUUCAUACUAUUCCCAGUAUAAUGUACCUCCGCUUUCACCUCCAAAUCCUUCUCGAUGGGAUUUCUUUUGGAACCCCUUUUCAUCAUUAUAUUACUAUGGAUAUCCUGCGAGAAGUAGCCCUGAUCAAUUGAUAAUUGAUGAUGAUAUAGUGAGUUUAAGGCAGGUUCGAGAAGAAGAAGGGAUCCCUGACUUAGAAGAAGAAACUGAAAGUGAAGAAGUCGAUGAAAGUAGGCAUGUCGUAAAAGAGGAUGUAACUGUUGAAGAUAUAGAUGAGGAUGAAGAGGAAGAUGAUGAUGAAACGGAAACUGAAGAUGAAAAUGAACAUGAAGUGAACGGUUUACAGGAACGUGCUAAUGACAAUCUAGCAUCGGCACAGGCUCCCAAUUCUGGGAAAAUUGAAGUGAAUCGUCAUGAGACGAUGGUUAGUGAACAACAAAAGAAGGAAGAAAAAACACCUGGAUUCACUGCUUAUGUAAACAGAAGGCCCACAAGCAUGAAUGAAGUUAUAAAAGAUCUCGAAUCGCAGUUUAUGAUUGUGUGUGGUGCUGCAAGUGAAGUUUCUGCUAUGUUAGAAGCUAAUCAAUCUGAUUGCCUACCAGCAUCAAGUGAAUUAACAGGGGUUAAAACACUGAACCCAGCAGCGCUGUUUCGAUCAGGUUCAUCAUGCUCCUCGUCAUCAAGAUUUUUGGUGAACUCUUCAGUUGGUUCAAGAGAUGAAGGAUCUGAAAGUAGCAGUCAUUUAUCAGAUGAAUCAUGCAUGUUUUCUGGCAGCCAUCAUUCUACAUUAGACAGAUUGUAUGCUUGGGAGAAAAGAUUGUAUGAGGAAGUCAGGUCUGGAGAACGCGUUCGGUUGGCGUAUGAGAAGAAGUCUACAAAAUUGAAGAAUCAAGCAUCAAAAGGAGAUGAACCAUCAAAGCUUGAAAAGACGAGGGCAGCUCUUCGAGCUUUGCAUACCCAAAUAAAGGUUUCGAUACACUUGAUUGAAGCUAUUUCGAAGAGGAUCGAGACUUUAAGGGACGAAGAAUUGCUCCCUCAGCUUUUAGAAUUGGUUCAAGGGUUAUCAAGAAUGUGGAAAGUGAUGGCCGAGUGUCACCAAACGCAAAAGCAUACAUUAGACGAAGCAAAGCUUCUAUUAGCCAGCACCCCUUCAAAGCUCAACCGAUCAAAUAGAUACCAUCCUACACUUUCUUCGACUGAACUUGCUCGCUCAGCCCAAGUUCUACAGGCUGAGCUAAGAAACUGGAGAUCUUGUUUUUCUUCUUGGAUCGCUUCUCAGCGAUCCUACGUACUUGCAUUAUCUAGCUGGCUCCUAAGUUGUAUGAGACGUGAAGCCAGCACGUCAGAACUACCUUUCUCUCCUCGUCGAUCUCCUGGGGUCCAUCCCAUGUUUGGCAUUUGCAUACAGUGGACUAGACUUCUGGAUGCAGUUUCUGAGACCAAGGUCCUUGAUGGGAUGGAUUUUUUCGCUGCAGGAAUGGGAUCGAUCUAUGCCCAAAGCCAAACCCAAAGCCAAGCCCAAGUUCAGGUUCAAUCCCAAGCCCAAAAUAUUGGCGGGGCUCAGCAAUUUGAGGAUUCCGGUGGAAACAUGGAUAUGGUAGAGAUCGGGAAGGUUGAAGAAUCGAUGACACUUGAGAAAAUAUCGGAAGUUGCAGUGAGAGUUUUGUGUGCAGGAAUGUCGGUUGCUACAAGUUCAUUAGCAGAAUUCGCUGGUAGUUCAGCCGAGGGAUACGCUGAACUGGUAAAGCAGUGGGGAAAUGUGAAGUGGCCAUCUAAUGCCAAUGCUAAAGGCAUGUAGACUCGAUUUUUUUCGUUGAUUUAUUCAUUUCUUCAUUCUUAUAGCUUAGUCAUGUAAAGAUCGAAGCCGGGCUUCUGCUAGUAGUAGAUAAGUAGUUAGAAUCUGACUUGGUUCCCCAAAGAACACUCUUCGAUUAGUGUUUGAAUGUGGGAAAGUUUUGAUACGGAAAAAGUUGAUUGCAGAAACCAUUUUCUCCGAGGCCAAUGGAACUUGAGGCCAAUAACAGAAUAUGGAUGGCUAUCAAUACUAAAUACUAGUAUGCUAACGCUAAAUCUUUGUGUCAUUUAUUGCAACCACGACAAUUGUUUUCCCACCUAAAUUAUUAGAAUAGGAUAAUUAAAAAUAUUAGCGGAAUUUCGAAGUUAAACUAAGUAAAAUCAAUCAAAAUAUUUAGAUAUCAAUAUAAUACUUUUGUUUCUUUUUUUUAAAGUUGUUUUCAUAAGGAGUGCUUAUGAAAAUUAAGAAAAAUAGAUUCUUUAAGAAGAUAAAUGUAUUGUUUCAUUGAGCAAUAAAUUUGAUAGAGGAAAAGUGAAGAGCAAAAAGUAUUAAAUA